AUGGCAUCAAGACCCACAGAAGACGAAGAUAUCGACUACUACGGCCUACUAGGCAUUGACAUAACCGCAAACUCAAAAGCAAUCGCCAAAAGUUACAGGCAGGUUGGCCCCGACGAUACUCGGGCCGCUGCCCUCUUCCUGGCAUUGACGAAAGCCUAUGAUGUGCUGUCGGAUCAAGCGAAACGUGCUGAAUAUGAUGUGAAGCAUAAGGGCAAGCUUGAGAGACUCAAGAGGAAGGAGGCUAUGAAUGCGGAGAGUAGAAAGAUGAGAGAUGAACUGGAAGCACGAGAACGAGCAGCAAAGAAAUCACGCACAACAGAUGCUGAAGCCGAAGCAGCUACAAAAGAAGAAAUAGAUAGAUUGCGUGAAGCCGGACUUGCUAAACUACGUCAACAUGAAAGGUCGUUGGCUGAUGCUGCUGAACGGGCUCAGAAAAUAGCAAAGGAAUCUGUUGUUAUAAAUACGGCUCCAAAAGCAGACGAUACGCCAGAUUUGAAAGCAACGUUAACAGUGAAAUGGAAUCCAAACACGACAACACCAACUGACGACGAGCUGACGCAAGUGUUUGAAAAGUAUGGAAAUGUUGAGCAUGUUUUGCUGCCUAGUAAGAAGGGAAGGCCUGCCAAGACUGCUCUUGUGGCGUUUAAGGAUGUCGGUGCUGCUAUACAAGCGAUAUCAGACACCUCCCUAACAUCCAAAUACGAACUAUCUUGGGCAUCUGGACAAGAGCCUCCUGAAGCUACUACAAUGAGAGCUGCUCAGCAAGCUCAGCAAGCUUCAGUAAAGACAGCGCAGAGGUUGCUGCCACCGUCUAGUGGUGCUCCUGCAUUUGCUGCUGGUGUAUCGCAUUCAUUGACGAAUGGUAGUGUGCCGCGUAGUAAAGCGGUGGAUUCGGACUUUGAGGAUAUGGUAUUGGCGCAAAUGAUGGGAAUGAAGAAGUAG